GUGAACCUUUAAUCAGCUAUGGCCUAUUGCAGCAAACCUAACGGAGGACGGGGACCAGGUGUCCUACGGUGGAGGAAGACGACAAGCCGGUGGAGUGCGCGCCAUGUUGAUACCUAUCGCAGGGGCGCCGGAGGCUGCACAGGCACAGCUGGCCACGAUGGCCCCAGCAACGGGUCACCAACCAGCGUCCCUUCCCUAAAACAGUUUCACUGGCAACCCCGGGAGCCUUGGUGACCAGCUGCAGGUCGGGUCGUUUGCCACUAAGCGGGGAGCAUUACUGGAACCAGCGCCACGAGGCCUGCGAGGAGAGGUAAGGGCAGCUCUGCCAUUCUGCACGUGGGCACAGACACAGGCGUGCGGACAGCCAGAGUCUCACAGGCAAGCCUCGGGGUCCGGACAGGCUGGCUGGGAACCUGAGUCCAGCCACGUCCCUCCCGGAAGCGCCGCAUACCGGCUCCGGUAAGCCGCGCACCCAACCAGGGGCGGCCCAUUUGGGCUUUUCCCGCCGGAUCGCAUCCUCCUCCAGCAGCUGCCGUCCUUCCUGGCGGGAGUCUUUUCACUUCCUACUUCCGCCUCAAGCCCCGCCCUCUCAACGCACGCUCCGGAAGCACCUCGGUGGACUCACUUCGUCGGCUAGAGCGCCGCCAAGCCCGCGACCGGAAGUGAGUCCUCGCCGAGACCGGAAGUGAGUCCUCGCCGCGGCUCUGGUUUCCGGUCGUCACCGCGCGCCUUCCGUCCGGUGCCUGGGAAGCCCACCCACCCCCUCCGGGGCCGCCCGCCGCUUCCCGCCGCUUCCCGCCAACAUGUUCAAGAAGUUCGACGAGAAGGAGGACGUGUCUCACUGCGUGCAGCUGAAGACGUCGGUGAUCAAGGGCAUCCGCAGCCAGCUGGCCGCUCAGUUCCCGGGCGCCGCGCCCUGGCUGGGCCGCAUCCUGCCGCGCCGCGAGCCCGUCCGCCUGCUGCGCUGUCACGAGCACGUGGAGAUCCUGGCGGCGGGCGGCGAGCUGCUCUUCUUUCGCCGGCGCGACGGGCCCUUCUACCCGACGCUGCGCCUGCUGCACAAGUUCCCGUGCCUGCUGCCGCAGCAGCAGGUGGACAAGGGCGCCAUCAAGUUCGUGCUGAGCGGCGCGCACGUCAUGUGCCCCGGCCUGACCUCGCCCGGCGCCCGCCUGCUGCCCGCCGCGGCCGACACGGUGGUGGCGCUCAUGGCCGAGGGCAAGCGGCACGCGCUGUGCGUGGGCGUCAUGAAGAUGUCGGCCGACGACAUCGAGCGCGUCAACAGGGGCGUGGGCAUCGAGAACGUGCACCACCUCAACGACGGGCUGUGGCACAUGAAGGCCUGCAAUGCAUGGAGCACGUGUUGGGAAGGACUGGGGAGUGUCAGGAUUUCUGGGCAAAGUCUUCAGACUCUCAGCGAUGCAGAGCAACAGUCUCCUUGACGUGGGCAUUGUCCUGUGUGAACUAGCUCGACACACACACCCCUCACCUCAAUAAGCCAGAGUCACCAUGGUAAAAUUGAAGAUGAGAAGAAAGCGUUGGGAGGGCCCGGGCGGCGGCACACCUGUUUAAGCUCACCUACUACCAUGUGCAAGGACCCUGGCUGGAGCCCUCACUCUCCACCUGCAGGGCAGAAGCUUCACAAGCGGUGAAGCACGUCUGCAGGUAUCUUUCUCCCUCUCUGUCUCCCCUCCCCCUCUCAAUUUCUCCCUGUUCUGUCAAAUAAAAACAGGAAGAGGCGGGGGCUGGAAAAGAUGGCCGCCAGGAACAGUGGAUGUGUGUGUAGUGCUGGCACUGAGCCCCAGCAGUAACCUUGUUGGCAAUGAAACAAACAGAAAAAGAAGCCGUGAUGCUCUGGACCUGUGAACUGGUGAUCAGUCAGUUUGGGGGAUCCUGUGUAAUGGUAGCACCCCGACCAACCAUCUCCUCCAGACGUGAAAGAGGACCUGCUGAGUCUGCUGACCCUGCUGCUUCCAGUUCUCCCGGCUCAGCACGUGACCCCCUAGCCACCGUUGCUUCCUGGCUCACCUGGCCUUCGCGGGCACAGUGUACCCCGCUGAGCCAGUACCAUGGAAAGCCUGUUGGAACCGGGGUGGGGGGGGGAUGUCGUAUAAACUUCUGGCAGAGUUGGGUGUCUGUAUGUGGAUUUGUCUCUGGAAGUUUAAUGUGAUCUGUGAGCCCACAGGGUGUUGGAGAGCACUGUCUCUGACUCACUGCUAAUAUCCACUCCCAAGGAUGCUGGGUAAGGAGUCCUAGGGAGCUUACCCCAAGAAUCCUCCCCUUUCCAGUGCUGUUUAAUACAGAAUAGUGGCCAAGUGCUGAAUCCUUAGGCUAGGAGCAAGGAGUAAAAAUACCAGUUACUGCCGGCUGUCUUCUAGGGACCCCAGGGGAAAGCGAGCUUAAAGAGUUUCACCUCCACACGUGUGCAUGUACACCUCUAUCUUAAACCUGGAUGGAUAUGGGGCAGCUGUCUGUCCGGAGGGUCAGCAUGUUUCUGAAUGAGAACUCGCCCAAGUGGAGAUGUUAAAAAAAAGAAGAAUCCACGAAUGCCUUCCUGCCAAAUGUGGGAAAGACGUGUGAGCAGCGGAGCAGAGGCACGGCACGCAAGUGCACUUUGACUUUUGUGGAUUGGGGUUUUUCAGGAGAAGCUAAGAGGGAGAGAGAGCCAGAGGCUCAUCUUCGGGACCUGUUAGUCUUUUAAUGGUAAGCAUCUUAAAGAUAACAAGUUGAGGUUUUCAAGUACAGGAUCAUUGAGGAUUAGUGAUAACAUACUGUCUGUAGUUUUCCUAUGCACUCACUCAUUCUUUUAAAAACCACAGAGCCCCACCCUACUAGGGAAAGAGAGAGGCAGGCUGGGAGUAUGGACCGACCAGUCAACGCCCAUGUUGAGCGGGGAAGCAAUUACAGGAGCCAGACCUUCCACCUUCUGCAUCCCACAAUGACCCUGGGUCCACGCUCCCAGAGGGAUAGAGAAUGGGAAAGCUAUCGGGAGGGGAUGGGAUAUGGAGUUCUGGUGGUGGGAAUUGUGUGGAGUUGUACCCCUCCUAUCCUACGGUUUUGUUAAUGUCUCCCCCUUUUAAAUAAAUUAAUUAAAAAAAAAAACCUGAAGUAAACCCUGGGUCCCUAGUCCUUUCAUGUCAUCUUCAGGCGAUGACCCCCAGGAGAAUGUGGCAUCUCGACAAAGUGUGGUCGUGGUCGCAGUUCAGCAGAGCUAAAUUCAGGACAUAAUUACUUAAACAGUUCUGUUGGGUCACCAUAUUUUUGAAAGAGGAAAUUCCGAGGUUUUGCAAAGCACAUCUGCAUUACAGAGGAAACAUUUUCUAAGCAGGAGAAGGCUUUUCUGACUAAAAUACCGCAUUUUCAGUCACAUGUUUGGGGGUGACUUAUUCAAAGCCUGUUUCUCUGGUCAGGAUGAUUUAGAUGUGUGCGGGGAACAAAUUCUGGGGAAGUCAGGAGCUCAGCUAAACAACCGGAAAACCGAGUGCAGGAACAAAGGAUCUCCUCAGAGCCAGCUAGUGGCUUUCUGAAGCGAAGUGUAUUUCUGGUGUGUUAAGGAAUUGACCUGAAAAAGACUGGACCCUUCAACUCCAUGCAAAGGGCAGCUUCUCUGCUGGUUCACAGCCUCAGGAGCUGCAUGUAUGAAAUUUGAAAUUUAUCCUUCAGAUGUCUGGGAGUUGGGGGUGGGGGGAGAUGCACCAACAGGAAACAGCAGGCCCCUCCCUCUUGGUAGCUGUUGGCUUCUCCUAAAUCAUUACGUUUGUGCUUCGGCUGCCUGAAAGAUGAGCAGGUCUCUGCCCUGCCUGCCAGAAUCUGAAGAGAUUAGGGGCUGGGCGGUAGCUCACUGGAUGUCCUACCGUGCACAACAGGCAGGUUCAAAUCCCGCACAAGGGAACACCACAGCAGCAGGGGAAGCUCCGUGGAUGCUGGAGCAGAGCUGUGGCUUCUCUCUUGUGUCCUGCUCUUUCUCUGUCUCAAUAUGAAAUAAAAAUCAUGUAAAAUUGGCCCUGGGGGGCCAGUGGAAUUGCGUAGUGAGAGGCCCUGGUGCCAAAAAAAGAAAAAAAAAACACUUUAAGAUUUUAUACAGCGGUUUUCAUGAGAUUCAGCUGUGUGUUCAGCUGGUCUCAACAACACAUUCAUCGCUGCUGUCUGAAGGGGCCUCCUUGGCAAGAGUGGGGAACCGCUGUGCAUCCCAAGGACGGGAGAAGACAGAACCUCAGGGGGCUAAGGGUCCAGCAGUCUGGCCAGUUGGCAGCUAUGUCCUCUCAACCCCUCCAAUAGCUUCCAGUGGCCCCUUUGAUCUGUGUAGCCCGCUGAUAAUUAUUUCUGUAAUCUUACAGUUCUUUAUCACUAUACUAAUAAAUUAUUAUUAUUUAACCA